AUGAUACUCAACCCAUACCGCUCUUACAGGCUCCUUUGCGUCGCGGCCGUUCUUUGCCGCAAUGUGCACGCUAACUGUGCGGGGGUGUUGACUAUCAGCGCUGUUGCUCCAGAGAUUCCAGACACGAGUCAACAGCAUCAAUCUUACCAUGCCCAAGUAGGACAGAUCUCGUAUUCCUUGGACUCGGCUGGCCUCCUGGAACUCACUCCCACCACGCCCGGCUUUAAAUGCGGGCCGAUCACCAACUUCGUCAGCUCGAAUGCCACCGCCAAGGAUACUGCUAAGGAACCUAACGCACAGCAGUCUGGCGGGAACGGACAGGCGACGCAGGCUCCGGUGCAAAGCGUUGGAGCUCAACUUCAUUGCUCGCACGAUCCGCAAGAUGUUGAUGUAGAAUUGAUGACCCCAUGGCAAACAAUCACAUUCUAUGGCUCGUUAUUUUUCCAGAUCGAGAUCAAGAAUGACAAGUGCGCCAAGCCUGCUGAGCUUGUCCUCGAUUAUAGCCGAUGUAGCUAUAACGCAUCCACCAACACUGGCCGACAGGGGUCGGGCAUACCUUGCAGUUGGUCUACAACAUAA